AGGGAAGGCAGGAGCUGAGAGAGAGCGGGCGGCUCAUGCCGAAUGCCUUCCAGAUGCACUGAAACCACCAACGAACCUUUGGGAAUGGCUACAAGGACUGCUUGCUGCCUGUAGAGCAAGGGUUGUGGACUGACUCUGUGUGUGUGAGAGAGAGAGAGAGUGUGUGUGGCAGGGGGAGAGAACGAGAGAACUUCACAGCACUCUUGAUUAAAAUGUUAAGUUGUGCAUAACAGAUUUGGCAAGACAGCCUGAGAAAUGCUGCUGCAAGAGACUCUGGCGUGUAAAUCACAGCCACUGAUGCAUAUAGGACAGCCUGCUCUGGCAUAAGGGUGGAGAAUAAAGGAAUGGAGGCAAUGCAGAGAAUAUUGGAAUAAAGGUCUGCAUUGGGUCGUUGGAUUUAAUAAGGAGGAGGUGGCGCUGAAAGAAGUCAGCCUCACAUGAACGGUGGACUUGACACGAGGUGCUGUGCUGAAUUCUGAGAGAUGCUAGACAUUAAAUCUGACAACUGUGCAAAGAGAGACCAUGGAGAAAUCAAGUAGUGAGGAUUCCUCAAUUCACCGGAGUCCAUCUUUGGAUAGCAAGGAUUCAGACUUUGCUAAACCUUCUACCUCAGGCAGGCAGUUUGGCCGAGGCUUCACUGCCGGAGCUUUCUAUGGUACCACAGGAUCGAACACACAGAGCCAUACCGCAGCUGCAGCUGGGACUGGUGUCAAAAGUGACAAAUACAAUGCACCCAAAGGCAGCAAAUACGUGGUUUUUUAUCUGGAUCUAUCAUUUGUUUUCCUUUUAGAAUUUAAGAAGUGCAGCAUGGCGAGGGGCUGCUUGUGUUGUUUGAAAUACAUGAUGUUCCUUUUCAAUUUAAUAUUUUGGUUAUGUGGCUGCGGUCUCUUGGGUGUGGGAAUAUGGCUGUCCGUGUCACAAGGAAACUUUGCUACCUUUUCUCCCAGCUUCCCUUCACUGUCGGCAGCAAACCUGGUCAUUGCCAUUGGUACUAUCAUCAUGGUGACUGGCUUCCUAGGCUGCUUGGGUGCUAUCAAGGAAAACAAGUGCCUCCUCCUAAGCUUUUUUAUUGUUUUGCUGAUCAUUCUCCUGGCUGAGCUGAUACUACUCAUUUUGUUCUUCGUUUAUAUGGACAAGGUUAAUGAAAAUGCGAAGCAGGAUUUGAAAGAAGGGCUCAAGCUGUACAACACAGAAAAUAAUGUUGGGCUGAAGAAUGCUUGGAAUAUCAUUCAGGCAGAGAUGCACUGCUGUGGGGUUACUGAUUACAAAGACUGGUACCUUGUACUGGGUGAAAACACUGUCCCUGACAGAUGUUGCAUAGAAAAUUCUGAAGACUGUGGCCGGAAUUCCACUAAUAUGAAUUUAGUGUGGAAAACGGGCUGCUAUGAAAAAGUCAAGAUGUGGUUUGAUGGUAAUAAGCAUAUACUCGGGACAGCUGGGAUGUGUAUCCUCAUAAUGCAGAUACUUGGCAUGGCUUUUUCCAUGACUCUCUUUCAGCAGAUUCACAGGACUGGUAAAAAAUACGAUGCCUAAGAAACAGUACAUUGUUAACUGCAUCAGGACUUCUCUCUUGGCACUGCAGGUGCAGGAGGAAGAAAAACAAAGCCGAAAAAGAAAAUCAAGCUAUACCUGCUUGGGGCCUCCAUCCUUCCAUCCAUCACGUGACUAAGCACAAUGUAUUACUGGACUUCCUUUUUGUUUCUGUUCAUUUACCAUUUUUGCCAAAGAAGAAAGGAAAUUUACUGAGAGCAAAUCAGCUUUCUGCACUACUUUGUAGACCCACUGUUUAUACUGCUCUCUAACAUUAUUUAAGGAACAACCUUUACACUGCUAUCUGUAUUAGACCAUUGAGGAUAACCCGACUGGUGUGUGUUUAACUUCUAGGAAAAAAUCGUUUCCAUCUCAUGGGUCACAAGCAGCUUUUGCCGAACAUAAUACUGGGAGACUUGAAAAAGCCACGCAAAUGGAGAUCCUGUGAAUUUGAGCUGCUUGGGGUGUAGGGUUUUUGUUUUUGAAGGGGAAUAUCUUAUUAUUAUCUUACUGUGUAUACUAGAAUUUAGUACCCUGGUUUAUACAUUUUUACCGUUUC